AAUCAGUCUGUGUCAUUUUUAAACAAAAGCCUGGUUUAUGUCUGGCAAAUCGUAACGGUCGUUCUCAAUUAAUCAGUAUUUUGAAUUAUUAUACGUUUAUAUUCAAUGUUGUUCCUAGCUUGACUUCGAAGAUCAUUCAUAUUUUCUGUUCAGGUUGUUUGAUGCUGAGUAUUGCUCCUGAAGUUUAUUGCUGAAAUCACAGUUGUGGAAAUACGCGCAGCACAAAUGGACAGUGCCGAUAAUAGCAGCAUUCGCUUCAAAACACCCCCGACAGUCACCUGGAGAAAAAAUCACGUAUCAUCCUCUGCUGCAACAAAGGAGAAAUACAUAAACAGUUCGGGUCUGGUGCUGCCCCAACCCCAGGACUCCCAAACAAACGAGGAUAAAGAAUACAAACGAAGCGAUCGGAAAAAGAAAUUGUUUCGGUGCCAAGUAGCUUGCACUACUAGCAAGAAACGGGUUCCCUUCAGGUGCCAUCGUCCGCUGGCUGACCAGACACCCUCACCGUACGACCGAACAACGAGGGGCCGAGGGCUGAAGCCGUCCAGUAUUUUCACCCCGCUAGAAAAUCUCAGAACAACCCAACCGAAUCACUCCGGGCACGAUUCCGACUGGCGCAACAGUUUCUUCAGCAACUCAUUCGAAGUGAACCAGAGUUUUCCCCGGAUACCAAACAAACGCGAACGCCGCCGCGAUGUCUAUCAACAGCUGUUGAACACCCCGUUUCGCUUUCACCGAGUAACCCCAUCGGAAGCUUGUUUUACCACCGGAGGAAAACAUCAACGCUCAGCGGCAACCCGGAUGGACCGGGUUCGGGUAGAUGGUGCCAAUGGGCUCCGCUUUACGGCACUUCGUCCCAAGGGAUGUCUCUCGCAUGGUAUCAGCUCACCAUACAAUAAUUCCUAUGUGGCCUCGGCGUCGGAAUCGAUUGGGCGUCUGCCGAAGAGUGGAAUCAAUCCCAAUAAGGCGGUUUUCACAAUCGAUUCCAAAACCUCCCAGAUACUGAUAGUGAACCGGAACGCAUGCGAUUUGUUGGGAUACAGCUCGAAAGAGCUUUGUGAGAUGCAAUUUGCCAAUUUGUUACCGAACAAAAACAAAAUGCAUGUUUCGGCGCUCGCUGAAGGGCAAUUGAACAGUGAGGAUGGAACCGUUGUUAUACUGAGUGGCAAGGUAGUGGAAUUGUGCACAAAAUCCGAUGAUAACGUUGCUGUUUCGUUAUGGGUGCGACAAAUCGAUAACGACGCCAGAUGCCUGGCUGUGGCAGAGCCGGUCGAGAGAAGAAUCGCUCAGCUGCUGGUUGACAAGAGUGGCUACGUUAUUUCGGGGGACUACGAAGCGCUGCUGUUGUUUCAGCUCGAUUCUAUAGAGAAAUUCAACGGAAUAGAUGUGACCCUUCUCAUUCCGGCAAUUCAACUGCCCGAUGCUGAUAACAGUAUGAUCGCAAAGCAUAUUCGGAAACAAAAAGCUACCGGCAAGACAGCGGAAGGCGUUGCGUUUCCUUUGUGCUUGAUGAUUGCCCAUCACGAUUCGGGAACGGAUACCACCGAUAGCGGUCUCUCGAAUCCGAAUCAUCUAUUCGUUAUCACCAUUUGGGUGUUUACUAAUUUGUCCGGAUUGAUUGUGGUCGAUGAGAACUCUGUGAUUGAAUCGUGUAAUCAUCACUUCUCUAUGCUCAUGUUCGGAUAUCCGCAGAACAAGAUAAUAGGAGAGCAUAUUUCGAGGAUUUUGCCUAAUUUCGGGCAGGAGUGCGAUUAUCUAGGGUAUGUCAACCGGAGUCGCAAUGCGACACUAUCAUCGCUAGACAAUGAAGAGUCGGAGACGGAAACGGAUCACGUGGAUUUCGAGAACAAGGAUGAGUUUAUUCAUAACGCGAUCAAUAGUAUGAAAAAUGCUACGGAUGAGUUGUGUAGUCCUGUGAAGGAAUCGAAGAAGGUAUGUUUAGAUUUUACCACCACAUCUACCAGCAUCAACAGAACGGGGAACAACAAUACCGGUGCUAUGUCCAUUUCACUCUCAUCCACAACAGCUGAACAGCAACCGUUGGUAGAUCGUACAAACUCAGCUGAUGUGAACGAAUCAAGUGGCCUAUUCUCAUCGAUCAUCGUUAGCUCGGUUCCAGAGAAUCUUCUCUACCUGGACAACAAUAGCGAAAACAAUAGAAACUAUGCUAAUUUAUCCAACUCGGCUAGUUGCAAUGCUUUAAAAUCCGUCGCACUUGCUUCAUCUACUUCCGUGUCGGUCAACACAAAGGAAACCGUGGCGAAAGCAUCGAUGAAAGAUGACUGCCCGGGUAUUGUUGACUGUGAUCUUCUCACUCCAGUAAACGAUCCCUCCAAAUGUAUGAACAUGCUAAGUAGUGGAAUGAAAAAUGUUUCUACCGAUUGUGAAUCGAAGGAGGCGCUUUAUAAUUCUGAAGAAAUCAGUAACGUAUUUUUGAAACAUUCCGUGAGUAGAGAUUAUUCCGCUCCACUUAGUGCGCCCCCAAUCUCCACAACUCCACGAUAUAUCAAACCAUAUGAAUUAUCGAAACCUAUGGUUACAUCAACGCCCGAUCAGCAGAAACGACACUCGGCUGUAGGCAUUAUCUCCAAUCCAAUCGCGCCCCGCAAACCGAUCUACUCCGAUGGAAAGUAUCGUGGCGAAGCCAUUCACUACGACGGCAAUGUUAUUGAUAUUCUGUACACAAUUUCCAACCAGACGCUCCCGUGCGGAAGAAAGGUCUACUGCAUUUGGAUAAGUCGUGACCCGGACUCGUCGUACAACAUUCUGGACGACGAGGAUAAACAUCAGAAUCUCACGCUGACAUUCAACAGUAUCACCAGCACCAUAGACAACUCGCUGGGACAGGCCAUUAAAAAUACUGCAGCAGCACAGCAUUCCGAGAGACCCAAUUCGGCUUCGCGGAUGUCUCAGUGCGACGAGGAUCUUAUCCAUGGCGAGUACAGUAAAUAUUACACCCUGGUGAGGCACAUCGGCAAGGGCGCGUACGGGUAUGUGAAGCUGAGCCACCGGAACUCGGACAGGUUGCUUGUGAUAUCCAAAUUCAUCCUCAAAGAGAAGCUCGUUCCACAGUUCAUGAUCAAAUCGGAAGACAAUCGUGAAAUACCGAUGGAGGUGUACUUAUUGACGCACGUCAAGCACCCGAAUAUAGUCAAUAUGUUCGAUUGGUUCGAGAAUGAUAAAUUCUUCCAAGUGGUGAUGGAAAUUCACGGAUCCGGCAUGGACCUGUUCGAGUUCAUCGAUCGACGGCCGGUAAUGACGGAGAAACUAGGGUGUCUUAUCUUUCGGCAGAUUGCGAACACGGUUGCCUUCCUGCACUCGAUGAAUAUCCUACACAGGGAUAUCAAGGAUGAGAAUGUGAUCAUCGAUCAUAACUUCCAUAUCAAAUUGAUUGAUUUCGGGUCGGCCACCUUCGUGCAGGAGGGACAGUUGUUUUCUACUUUCUACGGCACAACAGAGUAUUGCAGUCCGGAGGUUUUGGCCGGAAACCGAUAUUCGGGUCCCGAGCUGGAACUGUGGGCACUAGGUGUAACGUUGUAUGUGUUGAUGUUUUUCGAAAAUCCGUUCGUUGAUGUUGAGGAAAUAUUACAAUCCGACCUGAUCAUUCCCCAUGAGAUAAGUGAAGGGCUGGAAUAUGUUUUGCUCUCUCUGCUGGACAAGAAUCCCAAAACGAGAAUCACGAUCAAAGAGCUCUUGGAAACGGAAUGGAUGACACAAGAAAUUAAUCCAGCGCAGUUCAAUUUCGCCAAAAUAAUUCCCUGUGAACCGUAUGAAACGAAUCCUGAGAAAUACUAUGUUGAUCCGAACAUUUGUUCCAGUCAAACGGGUUUGUCCACGUCUCCCCAUAGCCUAUCGAUGGUGGACGACGUCGACGGGGAGGAUGACGAUGAACAUGCACAUAUGGAUGACUCAUUUAUUGAUCCCGAUGAAUUGCUGGAAGAUGAUAUCUGUCCGCUAUCGCACGAUGAGGAUAUGCCCCUGGAUAGAGUUGAUGAUCACUCUGGAAAAGAAAUCAAUAUUCUUUCCACGGGUCUGACCAGUCUAUCCCUGAAGGAACCCGAUGGAACCUGCAUAAAUUUAAUGGAUAGUCAAGUGAAUAAUCAAUCGGGGAAGAUCAGAGGGUCAGCAAAUUCGACAGGCAUCUCAGACUAUUGUGAUACUGACAGUGAAAUACUGCUGGUUUACGAUUCAGACGAGGAGGAGAGCACGGGAGAUAACGCCAUCGGAAACGAUUCGUCAAUUAGUGGAGCUAUCAUCAGGAAUCCACGGUCAGAAGGAUCAGUGGAAGCGAGGAAAGCGCACGGGAAGAGUGAGCGCACUGACAGUUUGAGCGCACAGAAUGAAAGUUACGACUAUGACUACACUAACGAAAGCUUUGAGGAAGAGGAUGAGGAGGAAACGGCCACGAGUUCGUCUCACGUAAGUUGAAUGCUUGCAUUCCUUUUUGUUUUCGCAAAACGAUUUUAUGUUUCAAUGAACCAAGUGGGAUUCUCGUUAGGGUUUGAUGGGUGGCAGCCAAUGAUAAAUUGUGGAUCAAUAAGAAAGUAAUUCAUCUCAUUCGAAACAUGAAAAGAUGUAAAGCUAGUAUUAGUACUGAUGAGUGGGUAGUGCAAAAGUAGCAGAUUGUAUAGUUUAAUCUAGAAAAGAAACCAAAGGCAACCACCAAAUCAGUAGUGAAAGCAGAAAACACACAAGCAUAAAUUAAAACACAGACACACAAAUUAGUAUCUAUGAGAUUAUAUAUCAUUGUUGAGCAGAUUACUGAUUUUAAAGAUGGACAUUGCGAUAAUGAUAGAGGGGAGCAUUCCGUAACGGAGAAAGAGAUCAAGCAAUUUGUCAAUAACUGUCAUUCUUGAUUUGUAAAUAUGUCCCGCAAAUAGAAGUUGAUGCAGUUUUAAAAUAAAUUUC